AUGGCGUCCAAAGAAACUGCCAGUCUCCCAGUCAUUGACUUUGCCAAGAUCAUCGGACCAUCCAUCUCUAGGACACCAGAAGUCCUGGAAGACAGCGUCAAAGAGAAGCAGAAACUCUUCGACGCAUUUGUCAAUGUCGGAUUUGUGUACCUGGCAAACCACUCCAUCCCUGACUUUGCUCGAGAAAAUCUCUUUUCUCACGCAAAGAAAUUCUUCGCUCUACCUGUAUCAGAAAAAGCAAAGGUUGAGACAGGAGAAUCUAAGGGCUUUCAUGGAUGGUUCUCUCCCGCUCGAACCUCAGGCGAUUCUCGUCAUUCCGAUCUCAAAGAGGCUUUUGAUGUUGGGAAGGAGAACGACCCAACAAGGCCGAAUCAAUGGCCUGAGAACUGGCCUGAGUUCCGCGACGACAUGAACUUCUUCUUUGAGAAAUGCCAUGAGGUCCAUCUUGUUCUCCUUCGUGUCCUGGCAGAGCAGGUCGGUGUGGACAGGGACUUUUUUGAGCCUCAUGUUGACCAAAAAGACCAUUUCUUUCGCGUCAUCUACUACCCCGAGACGACUCGAGCUGCCUUCAAAGACAGGGCCAGGGCAUCGGCGCACACAGACUAUGGCACCCUUACCUUGCUCUUCAAUGAUGAGAGUGGGGGUCUGCAGGUGCGCCGAGUGGACGGGAAGUACAUCGAUGCUCCACCGAUUCCCGGAUGCGCCAUAAUCAACGUUGGGGAUCUGCUGUCCCGCUGGUUCAACGACAUCCUCAUCUCUACCGAGCACCGGGUUGUGGAGCCGGUUCCUAAGCCUGAUGCCGACGGCAACAUUCCUGACAUCAUCCCGGCACGCUACUCCAUUGCUUGGUUCGGUCAUCCGAAUCGAGAAGCGCUCGUUGAGCCGAUUAAGGCUUGCUGCACCGCCUCGAACCCGCAGAAGUAUGGCGCUGUUUACGCUGGAAAGCACGUGGUGGAGAAAUUGGCGUAUUUGCAUAAAAACGGCCAAAACACCACGACCUGGACUGAUGAUAUGCAACGCGAGACGUCUGAGGCUGUGGCCAAUGCUCCGCUGCUUCAAGCAGGUAGUGCAUAA